CCGAGUUUCAUUUCGUCCAGCUAGCAGGUCGCUCACCCAUCUACCAGACAAAGUCCACGAAUAACUGAACAACGAACGACGAGCAGACUACAAUGACAUCGCUGCUGACGCUUCAAUCGACGUUGGGUAUUGCUGGUGUAGCGUUGCUGGGUGUGUCGGCUUCUGCAGCGGCCAACGUGUUCCUACCCAAGAAUGCACGAAAGGCGGAUAGAUAUGUUUUUAUCUGGCUUGUCUUCGACGCCCUCAUUCACUUCCUCUACGAAGGAACUUUCGUCUACUACUCUACCUUUGGAAGAACAGUAAACACCAGCACAGGGAUUAUCGCUGAUAUUUGGAAAGAAUACGCCCUCGCCGACCUCCGCUGGGGCGUCGCAGACCCAACAACCGUCGCAAUCGAAAUCAUCACCGUCCUCGGCGCCGGCCCUCUCUGCUUCUACAUCCUCCACCUCCUCGCCAACAACGACCACCGAGGAUACUUCUGGCUCGUCGUUCUGAGCACCGCUGAGAUUUAUGGAGGAUGGAUGACUUUCUCGCCUGAAUGGUUGGUUGGGAGCCCCAACCUCGAGACCUCGACGUUCCUCAACAAAUGGGUUUACCUCUUCUUCAUGAACUUCAUUUGGGUUAUCGUCCCCUUCUUCGUCUUAGUCCACGCGUUCAACAACAUCAGCAACGCGUUCAAAGCGACUGAAGCCGGUUCGAAAAGAAAGCAUAAUUAGGCGAACUGCUCCAACGCCCUUCGCGGUUGUCAAUAUUCAGCUUUCAACGGGGGCUUGGGAUCUUGCUUUUUCCUCUACAAAACUCGAAUUCCGCGGUGACAGCAAACCACGAAAUCGAGCAUUAAGCUGCGUCGGCUCCGCAUUUGGACUAUAUACCUGUGAUCUAGGGACUCGAUCUGAAUUGACAUGUAUGUGUUUCGCCGUC